AUGUCAGACCAAUUGACGGACAGCGCUGCCAGCACCGCGAGUGACGACAGCCAGCCGCCGAUGGAGGUACUGUAUCCUCUUAAUGAGGAGGUGGAGGUGCCCGGGACGGAUGGCGGUCUUUACAAGACAGUGCUGGUGGAGGGUGCUGGCUCGCAGCCUGUGAAGGGGGCCAAGGUAACGGUCCACUACGUCGGCACGUUGCUGGACGGCACCAAGUUUGACAGCAGCCGCGACAGGGGCGACUACUUUGAGUUUACCCUUGGCCGCGGCCAGGUCAUCAAGGGCUGGGAUAAGGGUGUGGCGACCAUGCGGAUUGGUGAGAAGGCGUUGUUGAAGUGCUCGCCAGAGUACGCUUACGGCGCUGCUGGUAGCCCCCCGUCCAUUCCUGCCAACGCCACGCUUCUCUUUGAGGUUGAGCUGUUCCAUUGGACGCGCGAGGUGGACAUCUCCGCAACGAAGGACAAGUCCCUCAUGAUGAGUGUGUUGAAGGAUGGCAUCGACUAUGAGAACCCGGACUUCGAGUCGUCCGUGACGAUGGACCUUUACAUCUACGUGGGCGAUUUCGAUCCGGCGAACAAGGAGAAGCACACACCGGUGAAGGUGAUGUCUGACUGGAAUGUUGUCGUCGGCGUCACAUCGCUGCCUCCGCAGCUGGAGGCGUUCCUGUAUAAGAUGCGCAAACAGGAGGCGGCGGCGUGCCGAGUGCGCAGUGACCUAAUCUGCGACGCUGUGCCGGAGUUUGCCAUCCCGUCCAGCGCCGAUCGUGGCCACGGAGAUGUCACGUACGUAGUCGAGAUCAGCGAGCUGAGCCGUGUCAAGACAUACGACUUCACUGGAGAAGCCAAGAUUGCCGAGGGGGAGAAGCGCAAGAACAGCGGAAACGAUGCAUUCAAGGCUGGCAAGCUGGACCUGGCGGAGCGUUUCUACCGUCGCGCGAUGGAGUUCAUUGGAGAGGACUACGGAUUCGAUGACGCCGUUAAGCCGGAAUGCCAUCGUGUGCGCAUCAGCGUGAUGGGGAACCUCGCGCAGGUGCUGCUGAUGCGCAACAAGCACACGGAUUCUGCUGAGUUCUCGAGGAAGGUGCUGGGCCUGGACGCCAACAACACCAAAGCACUCUUUCGUUUGGCGAAGGCGCAGGACGGCCUGCAGGAGUGGGAAGAGGCUAUAAAGUGUGUGGAUAGUAUUCUCACUAUCGAACCUGGCAACGCGGACGCGGUGAGCUUGAAGGCGCACCUUAAGCAGGAGCAGCGGGCCUUUGACCAAAAGCAGAAGUCUAUGUUCAAGAAGAUGUUCUCCUAG